AUGGCCGCGCUCCUCCCGCGGGCCAAAGACUUUGGACUCGCAUUGCCCGCACCUCCAACGCGACCUCAAAGGCCUUCUGCCAGUACUGCUUUCAGGGGCAGUUUUGGCUUGCGCUGCUUCGCUCUCCCGGCAGUAGCGAGCUUCUUGACAAGUCUGAGGAGUCAAAGCCGCAGGCGUUUCAGUGCGCCCAGACGCGCUGUGAACACAGAUGCGGAGUACAAGAUUGACCUGGAGGGCCUAGUCUCGCUCUGUAAGCGCCGUGGUUUCGUUUUCCCCAGUGGCGAAAUCUAUGGUGGAUACAAUGGCUUUUUCGACUAUGGCCCUUUGGGUGCAGAAUUGAAGAACAAUUUGAAACGGAUGUGGUGGCGCAAGAUGGUCCAUUGUCGGGAUGAUGUCAUCGGUUUGGACUCCUCGAUUGUGACCACGCCCUCGGUGCACCAAGCCUCGGGCCAUGUGGACAACUUCUCGGAUCCGAUGGUCGACUGCACGGAGAGCAAGAAGAGAUUCCGAGCGGAUCAGCUCAUGUGGGCCAAAGUGGAGCUGGAGGAUGGAACGAGUGCUGGAUAUGUUUCCAUGGUUGAAGAUGGUAACGUGGAAGUCGCUUUGAAGAAGGCAGCGAAGAAGCUCAUCAAGCAGAAGAAGAUUGAAGGUGGUUUCAAGGAGCUGGAGAUCAAAGAUAUGACUGACGCCACAGAGGAGGAGGUGAAGCUGAUCCCUUCACCAGCUACUGGACUUCCUGGAAGCCUCACAGGAGCUAGGGCCUUCAACUUGAUGUUUGAAACUUAUGUGGGACCAUACAGUGAUGGUGCCUCAAAGAGUUACUUGCGCCCAGAGACUGCACAGGGCAUUUUUGUGAACUUCAAGACGGUGACCUAUGUGAUGAGGCAGAAGAUCCCCUUCGGCAUCGCACAAAUUGGGAAGGCUUUUCGGAAUGAGAUCACCCCGAGGCAGUUCCUUUUUCGCUCCAGGGAGUUUGAGCAGAUGGAGAUCGAAUACUUCAUUGAUCCAGAGGCGGAUUUCAAGGCCAUCCAGGAGGAGUGGAUUAUGGAGAUGUGGAACUUCCUGAAGGCGGUGGGGCUGAAGGAAAGCCUUUUGGACCGAGAGGUGCAUGAAGGAGAGAAGCUCGCUCACUAUGCUCGUGCGUGCACUGACAUUGUCUUCACAUAUCCCUUUGGAACUCAAGAGCUGCUGGGCGUGGCGGCACGGGGGGAGUAUGACUUGCAGCAACAUGCCCAAGCUAGUGGCGAAAGUUUGGAAUACCAGGUGCCUGGGCAGAAGCGGAAGUUUGUGCCACACGUCAUUGAACCUUCUUGUGGGGUGGACCGGCUUUUCCUGGCGCUUCUGUGCAGUGCAUACGAUGAGGAUGAGAUCGAUGGCGAAAAACGAUCUCUGCUGAGGUUUCAUCCCUGUGUGGCACCCAUCACAUGUGCGAUUUUCCCUUUGCUCAAGAAUAAACCACCGUUGGUUGAGAAGGCCAAAGGGUUAGCUGCAAUGCUGCGGUCCUCGGGUUUCAAUGUCCUUUAUGACGAGGCGGGGACCAUUGGAAAGCGCUACCGACGGAUGGAUGAGGUUGGAACACCAUUCUGCUGCACCAUUGACUUCGACACACUGGAGGACGAUACGGUUACAAUCCGCAGGCGAGAUGAUCCCUUGAAAGUGGAGCGAAAGAAGCGCGAAGACAUCGGUGCCUUUCUGAUGAAGGAGUGUCAGCUUCCAGAGCAGUGA